UUUAGGUGUUUUCCCCAUCAACUGCAGAGAAUAACAACGUUCGGAAGCGGAUUUUUUUUUUAUUAUCUUAAACCCCAUCUUUUAUCAUAAACAGAUGAUGGAUAUUGGUGUUGUGUAAUAUGAUGGCUCUUACGGGAGACGAAGACAUACCUCAGAAGAAGGUUGUCUUGCCAAAGGCUCUUCAUGAUCUGGAGAAAGUUGGUGACCUUCCCAAGAAACAGGAGAGAUGGAAUACGAAUGAGGAGAUUGCAUUCUGGUUGACCCAGUUUGACAAGCAUAAUCAAUGGCUAGCAUCUACGGUGAAGAUCAGGGCGGAGAGUGGGAGUUUGUUCCUGUACAAUCGGAAGAAGGUCAAGUACAGGAACGAUGGAUACCUAUGGAAGAAAAGAAAAGAUUGCAAGACAACAAGGGAGGAUCACAUGAAACUCAAAAUCAAGGGAGUGGAUUGUCUCUAUGGAAACUACGUUCACUCGGCCAUCAUCCCGACAUUUCACAGGAGAUGCUACUGGCUUCUACAGAACCCUGACAUCAUCCUGGUUCAUUACCUGAACGUACCGGUCACCGAGGAUCGUAAGCUGACCUUGGAGUCCUUGACCAAUGGCUCUUUGAUUGACUUGCCACAGCAUGAUGGUUCCAACUGGUCAACAGAAGACCUCAUCAAGCAGAUCACUCCAAUGUUACAUGGAUACCAGAUACAGCUCAACGGAUCCCAAGAGCUAACACCCUCUGAUUCUGCUGAAGUGAUAGCCAAGUAUCUCUUGCAUGGGCACCGUCAGGAUAACAACAGUGAUUCUAGGAACUGUAGCUGUUUAGACUGUACAACGCUCAGGAUCAUGGCCCAAGUUCCACCCAGUCCUGCAGGUUCUUGUAGCAGCCAGUCUUCAUCCAUCGCAUCCACCAGCCACGGGUCUAUCCAUUUUGUGGACAACACCACCAAGCCAUGCAGCAACCACAAUACGUUGUCCAACGCCGUAUCAAACAAGGUGAAGAUGGACGACAGUGGCAACAUCAACUUGUUGAUUGUGGUAGCGAACCAAAACAACGCUGGCAACAAGCUCCAGGUGAAGAGUGUUGCUCCUGUGGACUCUUCGCAGAAUAUAUCUGAGGUCCUCAAAGGACUUGGCAGUGUGCAAUGUGUGUCUGAUGUCACAGCAAACAGUAGGGCUUCAUCUGAGGUCAAUGCCGAAGCAAGCAGAAAUGAAAUAAAUGGACAUCUUCACAAUCAAUCGUUUAUGUCUUCAGCGAUGACCCCUAACGGCUCGCAAGGAAGAGUCCCUUUUACGGCCCACCAAUUACAGGCCUGUGAUCCCCAAUGCUCGGCUUUUCAAGAGAACCCCAAUGUAGUGAACCAGAUGCCUUCAUUUAUUCACCAAGGUAAUGGACCACAUAUAUGCCAUCAACAAAAGCUCCAAGAGCAGCAGAGACAUUCCACAGGACAACCUAUCAGACAGCAGUCCUCAGAACAAGCUGGGACACAGGCUUCUCUGCCAGGACCCUCGCACCAAGGUCGAAGCAUCCUUAGGUCUCCGCAGUUGAUAGUGUCAUCACCGCAAUUGUUCCCGAGUCAGCAAGCGCAUCAGGUGCCACAGCUCUUGUCAACUGGAAGUCAACAGUGCAAUCCUUUCAAUUUAUCCAGAGAUACAAUGGAGUCAAUAAGAUUGGGGAACCAAGGUAUUACAACUAGUACACCUCCAGCUACCGCUGUUCAUUCUGUAAACUCAGUGCAGGAAUCAGGUACAUUCAAAGUGCCAGGAGUUAGGUUGCCAGCAGAAAAUAGACAUGUUGGUUCAGUAGGUACUCCUCAGUUGAUUCUCCAGCAAGUGCCCUCAAAUUCCUCACAAAAACCCCCUAAUUUUAUUCUCAAGGCCUCUGAGCCGAAAGCAGGCGAAACGCCAAAGUUCAUUCUCAAACCUGCUGAAGGCACAGCCUCAAUGACAGCACAAGGCUUAGCUUCCCCUCAGUUCAUCCUAAAGGCUGUGAAUUCUGGAGAUGCUGGCAAUCCCCAGAUUGGCCGAGCCUCAUCACAGACAUCUAACACUUCAACAAUCCUUGCAAAUAGUGGCUCUCCAAACAAUCUACUGCAACAGUCUGAAUCAAACCCAUCAUUGCUUCAGAUGGUAGCUGAUGCAAACAUUGUAGCUGCAGAGACAAGAACUUCUUUUUUGGAAGGAAGAUCUGACUUUUCAUCAAAUUCAGAAAAGUCAAAUUCCAUUUGGGUAGGGCAGAAUAGAGAUAAUCAGCAUAACCAGACAAUGCAAAAAAUGGCUAACAGUCAUAGUGGACAGCUAAAGAUUACUGGGCAGGAAUCACAGGAGUUGCGGGAAUUGGUGAAUGGAGACCCAAAGCUUAAGACUUUGGAGAAUCGAUUCAGAGACCACCGUAGUGACCUUGUCAUGCUCCCAGAGAGAGUGCAGGAACACUAUCUUCAAACACAGACAGAUGCAAGAGCAAGUAAAGAACAAAGGAAUCCUCAAGAUAAUAGUAUAUUUAUAUCCCAACAAAGCUCAGUCUCAAAAGCCCAUCAUCAGAAAAUCCAAAGAAGUGAAAAGGACACUGCAGAUCCCGCGCACAUGCCUCAAGAAGGCACUCUUCCUCAGGAUACAAGUCCUAGUCGGAUAGACAUCACUUACCAACACUCCGUAAACAGCAGCAAUCUAUACUGCCAGAAUGAAAACUCUGAAUUUCCCACCCUGUCUGAGUUCAAUGCCAUGGAUCAGGAUGGAAACUUUAGCCACAGUGACCAGAAUUCAGUCCUUUCUGAUCUUCUGUCUGCUAGUGGCUCUUUCCAUAACUCCUUAGGGCCAACUGAUCCUGGGCACGACUUCACUAAAUCUGGUAGUGCAACAUCAGAUCUCGGUUCCCUCCCCAGUCCUUCCAACAUCGAGCUGGACCUUGAUACCUUUGAGCUCAUGGAGAGCCCGCUUCCAGAACUUGGAGGUGCUCUUCUGACUUCAUCCAGUCCCAAUGCUAGUCUUGAUGACUUCAACCAUGGCACCAACCAAGAGCAGCCGGCACCCCUGCAGAACAAUCAUGAUGGAAGGCAACAGGAUUUAGCUGAUGAAGACCAUUCCGGAGAACACCUCUGUGAGAUCACCGACUUCUCACCAGAUUGGUCCUACACUGAGGGUGGAGUGAAGGUCUUAGUGACAGGGCCCUGGCAGUCCACUCAGGAUGUUUAUAGCUGUAUCUUUGACCAGACCAGUGUAGCAGCUGCACUUGUACAGACUGGUGUCCUACGCUGCUAUAGUCCAGCCCAUGAAGCAGGGAAAUGUGCGCUUCAUGUAACCUGUAACGGACUGCUAAUCUCCAAGCCUCUCACGUUUGAAUACAGAGCACGUAGCAACCAGUCGGUCGCGUCGUCACACGACUGGCUUUCUCUAGAUGAGAAUCGAUUCAAGAUGGCUAUUCUGGAGCGCCUAGAGCAGAUGGAACAAAGGCUUAGUAACACAGGCAACCAAGGAAGAAGCCAGCCUCCUGGAGGUACAUCUCAAUCCAGUUCCUUUGAGGACAGGGUGGUCAGUAUCUGUCAGGACCUGAUGAGACAAAGACCACCAACCAGCGUUCCUCAGAUCCAGACCGUCAGUAGACCAGACCAUGGUAUGACGCUCCUGCACCUAGCAGCAGCACUCGGAUUCAGUCGGCUCAUAUCUACCUUGUUCUUAUGGAGGAGAGAUCAUAACAGUAUAGUUGCAGAGCUGGAACUAGACCCUAUGAACAUGGACAAUGCGUCCUGCACUCCAUUGAUGUGGGCAUGUGCUCUAGGUCACAUGGAGUCUGCCCUUCUCCUGUACCGCUGGCGACCCCACUGCUUGAAGAUGAGUGACUCCCUCGGUCGCCUUCCCCUGGAUGUCGCCAAGUCUCGAGGGCACACCUCCCUUGCAGAGUCCUUGAUGCAACUUGGUCAAGAAGAACCUCACCUUUGGCCACCUCUUGGUGCUUCCCCAUCCCCCAAGAGUGAUCCCAUACAGAUACCACGAAGCGGACGCAAUACCCUUCCUGCAUUCAUGGUGUCAUCACCAGCCACCAACACACCAAGUUCAUCCCUUUCCGAUGACUCUGCACCUAUCUUUGAAGCGCAGUCACCGUCUUCAGGCUGCCUGUCGAAUCUCUCGGUGAGUCCCGUCUCUCAGGGGCUGGUGACACCCAACACAGGAGUCUCUCCGCAGAUAUCACCCAGGCUGCAAGACCUGCCAGGGACGUCGUCAGGGUCGCUCGGCAACAUGCUCAACGUCCAACCGGGAUUUCUUCGUAGGGACAGCGGGGUGAGCCUGAAGUCCACCAGUCCUCAUCACCACCACACACAAAGCCACGCCCACCAUCUGUCAUCCAGCCCUCAGCCUCCUGCAGGAGCAAGCCCCAUGCCUAUCCCGCCUCCCAUAUCCCAAGCGACCCUCAAGGCAUUCCUGAGUGGGAGCCAGAUCCUGGGUAACCUGGACCCUGCGGAGAUGAUGGGGCUCCCUCCAUUGGGAGACAAGGAGCACGCUGACCAGAAGGAGAUGUGGGAGAGCUUCGUCAAGGAGCUCCAAGUUGCGGCUCAGCAACAGGAAGAAGAUCAUGGAGAUCUAGAGGAUGUGGAGGAUGAACAACGCUGUGAUUCUCCCAUGCAGACGGAUGACUACAUGCCUCUUCUCCUACCAAGGGCUGCUGCUGGAAACAAGGAGCAAUAUCUGUCUCUGGCAGAGCACAUCCUGGAUGCUCUACCGGAGCGCAUCAAGCUGGAGGGCUCCAGGGGUAGCGUAGCAGGAUCCCAGGUGGAGACAGAAGGACCCCAUGUCCAGGUGGACCAGGAGUCCCUGCAUGACUCUAUCAGCUCCAUCGCGAGUCCCUUCUCGAGCCCAGGAGGUGUGGAGGACACUCUUUAUAGAACGGGCAUUGACAGCUCACCUGCUAGUUCCUACAGUGGUGCAGAGUCGUCCUGCCGAACCUCCAGUAGUCCCAGUAAUAUCAGCUUUGAUGAGGACUUCCCACCAGCAGACUGGAGCGACUUCUUACAGGGAUCUGGCCAUGCGUUACAAUGGGCUUUCUCUAUACUCACGCUCUCUGAUGAAGAGCAGAGACAGUUGUACAAAGCUGCUAUUGUGAUCCAGAAUGCCUUUAGACAGUACAAGGGAAGGCAACAGCAGAAACAACAAGAAUUGGAAGCAGCGGUCAUUAUCCAGAGCUAUUACAGGAGAUAUAAAGAGUAUUUCCACUACAAGUCCAUGUCUGAGGCUGCCAGGGUGAUUCAAAACAAGUUCCGUUCGUUCCAGAGCUACCGACAGUUCCAACGGAGUCGCAGGGCGGCCAUCAUCAUCCAGAACAGCUACCGGACUUACCGCGCUCAAGAACAGUUCAGGAAGAGCAGGGAUGCAGCCAUUCUUAUCCAACAAAGGUUUAGGGACAAGCGGAAGGCUCGGAUGAAGCGAGAGCAGGAGGCCGCCCGGAAGAUACAAAGAUUUCUAAGGAGGUACCACAAUAGGGUGAUGAACCAAAAGAAGAGACAAGGUAACCGGAUGAAGCAAGUGACCACUUGACUGAGGCGAGGCAGACGGAGGUUCAAAUCUCUUCUUGAUUAGUACACCACGCCCUUACACUACGACAUGUCAACGAGAGGAUGAUCGGUGAAGCACAGCAUUGGAUGUCUCUCUCCCCCGUCGGAGAAAUGGUCUGGAACGCAGAUUGGUUGCUCCUCUGUGGAUUUCCCAUACCCUUCGUGGGGUGGUGUGUUUAUUGGCUUUCAGGAAGAUUAACGGCCAGAAGAGGUCCAACUGUGUGGAAGUACAAGAACGUAUGCUGCAGAAUUCAAAGUAUGAUAUAGGUAUUGACGUUUCUUACCAG